CACGUCGCUGGAAUGACCGCCGACAUAACGUCUCGAAGGUGAUGAACUUGUGUUUGGAAACAUAUUGGGAAGGAAAGGCUAUCUAAACAUCAAAAUUUUCAUUCCGAAGUAACGAAGAGAAUGACGAGUCGUUAUACCAAGACCACCCUGGGUGGGGGGCAGAGAAAGAAGCAAGGUCCAAAGCCAGAGCUUACAGAAGAACAAAAACAAGAGAUUCAAGAGGCAUUUGAUCUAUUUGAUACAGAAGGAGCAGGCACAAUUGAUGCUAAGGAACUGAAGGUUGCUAUGAGAGCACUUGGUUUUGAACCCAAGAAAGAAGAGAUUAAAAAGAUGAUUCAGGACAUUGAUAAAGAAGGUUCAGGAACGAUUGAUUUUAAUGACUUCUUACAACUCAUGACUGCCAAGAUGAGUGAAAAGGACUCUAAAGAGGAGAUCUUGAAAGCAUUCAAGCUCUUUGAUGACGAUGAGACGGGCAAGAUCUCUUUCAAGAAUCUCAAAAGGGUAGCUAAAGAACUUGGUGAAAACCUCACAGAUGAAGAGCUACAGGAAAUGAUUGACGAGGCAGACCGAGAUGGCGAUGGUGAAAUCAACGAGCAAGAAUUCCUCAGGAUAAUGAAGAAGACAAGUUUAUAUUAAUGACACAAGGAUCCUUCAAGCACUGUAAAUAUUGUAAAUAUUAAUUCAAGGUUAUAUAUGUGCAGGGCUCAAUAUUGAUUGAGGGCUACUCUGGCUAAUACCUAAUAAUUUGAAUUUGAUGUCUAGAGUAGAAUCAAACAAACAAAGUGAUCAGUUUUUUUUCAAAAUAUGAUGAAAAAUAAUAGUCAAGACAUUUGAAGUUUUAUGUUUCAGUGAAAAAAGAGGUUUUCAUGAAUAUCCAAUGAGUGAGAAAAUCAUGUCAUCUCCUCAUUGAUGUCAUAUGAAGUUACACACUUUCCUGAUUUUCUCUUCCAUGUAUGACCUUAUUUAAUGUGCUUGAAAUUAUUGCAACGUUAGGUGGGAGAUACAUGUUUUUUUUAUUGCAGAUGAAUGAAAAUUAAAUAAUCAAGAUUUUAUACCAGGAAACAAAAAUAUAAAAGGGGGGACUUGACAUCAUAAGCUCACUCAUGGUGUAUAUUCAUGGUGACAUGCACAAAACUAUUUUACUCAAAUAAUUCAAAACUGGUCAAUUCCACAACUUAUUCUUUUUUUAAGACUUAUGAAAAUUUUAGUGUUGUACUUGUCAAAUUUCACUUUAUUUAUUAAACUCAUCAAUAUCAGAUUGGAGUAUCCCCAUCAUAAGGUCUGGGUCAAAGAGCGCUGAAAUUCUCUUGAAGAGUACCGUAAUUUACCUUGAUAUUGAAUUUGUGUUAUUUAUAAAAGAAAAAAAACCUGCUUUGGAAGUUCAGUCAAAUUGCAAUGAAAACACAAUAUUAUUUUUCUAAAUUAGCCAUAAAUUGACAACUUUUUAUCCAUCUUGCCAGCUUCUCUCCUCUUUGCUUGAUAAUCAGUCAUUAAACUUGUUUUAGAUUUAUUUAUGACAUUAAUGAUUUCUACCCAUAAAUGUAAUGAAGCAUUAUUGCAGUAGUGGAUAAUUGAUGUUCAGAACUUCAGAUGUAUUUCUUAGUGACAGUUUUCAUCAGAUUUCAAUUUUUCAUUUUUUUUUUCAAUUGGAGAUGUAAUGAGGUGUGGCAUGAAACAUAUUUUACUAGGUCCAUCUCCUUUUCAUUUGUUUAAACAUCUUAAUAUCAAGGUGAAUUUCCCCAUUAAUUCACUGAAUUUCUUGCAUAGGAUAUGUAAACGUUGGAUACAAUUGAUAGACACAUAAAUGACUAAUCUUUGAACAUUGAAUGCUGACCUCUUUACAAAGUGUAGCUCUGAAACUACAUGUAGCAUAUGUUGCAGAAAACUUAAAUUGAUUGCAACUUUGCCAUCAUUGGCAAGUAAGUGCUAUGAUAACAGGCCUCACCAUGAAAAUAAGGUUUCCAUGGAAAUUACCCUCAAUUGCAAAGUUACUAUAAAAGUGAGUUCUUUGCUUGAGAGUUGGCUGUUUUUAAAUCUAUAUUGCACUCUAAUUGAGAAUUUUCCUUGUGAAUGUUGAGCCCUGUUCAUUGUAAUGAAGUACUAAGAUUUGAUGUCUGUAAAUUGUGUGUAUACUUGUACUUAGGAACUAUGGAGUUUAUAUGAAUUUUUUUUUUUAAAGUUUGCAUCAUAAAUUAAUUAUGAACCGUCCUUAAUGCACCAUAUGGAUAAUCUACAUUUACAUCACACAUUGACAUUUCAAUUUCGAGACAAAAUCUCAGAAGACAAUUCCUGAAAAUUUUUUUUUUUUUUUCCUAAUUCUAAAUUGAGCAAUAGGUAAUUGUGGUGUGGUAUACCGGUAUUCUAAAAGAAAUUGUUCUGUGUACAUGAACACAGUUGAUAAUAGUGAUAUUAUUUUCUUCUUCCAAACUUCAGUCUUAUUAAUCAGUUGUUAAUUUUCUUUAUAAAUGACAGUAUAUGGGGUUCACUCUGCCGCAAUCUUUCAUAGUUUUGCUUCAUGUAUUUUGAUAUUUUUUUUUCUAAUUUGACCUGUAUAUAUGCAAAUAAUCCGAAACAGAAUUAUCAAAAUGUCGGUCAAUAUUUCUCUAUAGGACUCGAUGUAAUUUUGCCAUGGGGAAUGUAUGCAGCAGAGAAUACAAGGAUUGUUUUUCAUGAACACUCAUAACCCUUCAGGUUGCAUCAGAAAUGAUGCAUUGUAAUGUAUAACACAGUACUCUAUUGGUCAGACCAUGCUUAUGGGACUCUUCACUGCUUGUUCCAUCUUGUGAUGUUUUAA